AUGAGGUUUAUAAUGGUAACAACUCAGGUACUAUUAGUCAACAAAUACAAUUACAUUCUCGAAACGAUCAUUUUCUUCACUGUCCCAUUUUACUUUUUCAUUGUAUUAACUAAGAGAAUUACAAAAGGUAUACAUACUUCAAUGUUCGGUGCAGUUUUAAUUGAUUCUCCUUUAUUUUCUUACUUCUUUGUGAUGUUCGCGCAUCUUCAUCCCAAAAAAAUUUUUAAUCCUACAAUUGUUCUCACAAUUUCACUUUUUAGUUACAAAUUUAUUUACUAUUUGUAUCAGAUAUUCCUUAGAAAAUACGCUUACUUGAUUUUGAAUGAACAAUAUGAACCUCCUUUUUGGCUACCGAUAAAUAAUUGUUUAGUUAUGCGAAUUGCAGCAGAAACAGACGCAGAUAUUACACAGUUUGAGAACUACAUGAAUCUAAGAUUGAAGCAAGAUCCAGAUGAAAUGAUAGAAGUUGUUAGGUUCUUAGGAAUUUUCAGGAAUCAAAGAGAAAGAUUAUUAUUAAUGAUGUCAAAAUUUAAAGGGGAUUCUGUUUAUUACGAAUUCCAAUUUUAUUGUUUCAUGAAAGCAUUUAUGUCUAUAGAAGAUAGUUGUCCGCAAAAAUAUAUAUCGAGUCUUGACAAAAUGCAUACAACUUAUUUAGUUUAUUCUUCUUUGUUUUGGGAUGCAAAAUCAAAAGGUGACAAAAUUGGCAGUUUUAUUUACGCGUUGAAAGCUUCGAUUCCUAGAAUGGAGAUUAUAGAUUUUGCAAACCUUUUGCGCUUUGCUUAUCAAAAAGAUUAUUAUAUACAUCAAGCGAUGGCUGAAUUAAGUUUGAUUGCAUUGGGAGAACCUUCUAAAUACGUGAAAUUUUCAAAAAUGUAUCAAAAAUUGAAAGAAAAUCCAUCAAAAGUGUCUGACCAAAUAUUCAUAGCAAUGAGGAGUAGUUAUCCUAUAACAUUAUCAAAAUAUUUCGAAGAAUUAAACGCAGAAUCAAAAAGUGAAAAAAGUGACAGUGAAAAUUCAUCAUCUUUGAGAUUUCAUGUUUCAGAAAAGACUAUUUAUAGAGAAGAUAACUCUUUGAAUAGCCCUGUAGCCAUGUUUGUUCAGAAGGUAUCUUAUUUUAAACCUUACGGUAUAGUUUUCUCUCCAAUUGUUGGAAUGAUUUGGUUGGGAUUUUAUUUCAAGAAAUUAAUGGAUUAUCCAAUAAUGAUGACAGAAAAAAUGACAAAUGUUAAGAUGGCGGCUUUGUCAACCUACAACUUAACAUCACAAAUUGCUUCUGGUGUCAUGUUACAGCCAUUCAUCAUCAAAGCAAUUUUACAUAAUCAGAAAAAUGAAAAUAUAACAAAAAGUGACAGAAAUUCACCACCAAACAAAGAAAAUACUAUAAAUGAAAACAUCAUAAAAAGUGACAUAAAAUUUUCAGAAAACAUCAAUAAAAAUGGCAAAGAUUCAUUACAAAACAUUGGAGUAAAUAAUGAAAAUACAAAAAGUGUCAAAGUCAUUCAUGACAUCACAAAAAGUGACACAAAUUCUCCAUCAAACAAAGAAAACACAAAAAUCUCAGAAAAUAUCAAUAAAAUUUAUUCACAAAAUACUGAUAUUACUAAAAAUAAUAAAGUCAUUCAGGACAUCACAAAAAGUGACAAAAAUAAAAAUAAAAACAAUGAAAAUCUAAAUUUGAACGAUAAAAUCAUUCAAGACAUCACAAAAAGUGACAACUCAAAACAAGUUUUCAAUAAAUAUAUUGGUAAAAUCAAUGACAAAAAAGAGAGAAGAAAUGAUAAAAUUGAUUUAAAGAUAAAUGAUGAAAACGACAAAUGUUCUGAGUUUUACAAUGAUGUUUAUGAUUUUAUUAAUGAAUAUAUGUUUUCUUAUAAAGAAGAUUAUCAAUUCAGAAUCAGAUGUCUUGCGUUUAUAUCUCAUUAUGUGGCAACAAAUAAAUGCGAUGACAUAUUAGAUCACACGAAAUUAAUGAGAAUAAGUGCACAAAAAAUGAGAGAAAACUAUUUGACUUAUUCAUUUAAUGUCAGAAAAAUUUCAACAGACUUUUCUUUUUACGAACUCCAAAAAGUGAAUAUGGCUUGGUUAUUUAGUGUUGCUUUAAUAUCAAUGUUUUUAGUUUUCAACACUGUUUUCUGGAAAACAAAUAUGAUGUUUAGAGAUUUGCCAAAAACAGCAAUUAAUUUCUUGGCAAGUAAAGAAAGACUAGGUUUGCUUUUGUUCAAAAAAUCAUUGGAAACUUAUGAUCUGUUAAAGCUUCUAUUGACAAAUAAAAAUGCAAAUCAAGAUGAUAAGAAAAAUGAUAAAACAAUUGACCGAAGAAUAAAAGUCGCGAAAUAUUCAAGUGAAAUGACAAUUUCUGAAAAAACUUCGCCGAAAAAUAAUCAUGUUAACUUAAGAGGUGCUAAAUUAACUGUUUCUUUUAUUGGUGCUGAUCAAUUGUUAAGGCCAUCACAGUUUGCAUUGAGGAGUCCAAUUGUUUCUUCUUGUGCAAGUUUAGAAAGUGAAAAUGAUGAAGAAGAAAACUCUGUUUGGUCUGAUAAAAGCGAAUUAGAUAAGAAACUUUUUGAACCCGAGAAAAUAGAGAGUUUAGAUAUUGUCAACAAAACAAUAGAAAGUGUUUCAAAUGAAAGCAAAAACUACAAAGUGAUUUUGUUGUUGUUAAUUGGUUUGCCAUGGGUUUGUUCAUUUUCUAUUGUUUUGCAUACAAUUUUUGUUUUGAAUUCUCAGCAGAAUAGUUCAUUAAAGUUAAUUAGAGGAAUACAAGAACACAUAGAGAACUUACACUCUCUUCCUCAAGAAAUGUAUUUGAAUUACACUUCUAUGAAUUAUCGAUCGAAUUUUUCAUCAGAAAAUUUGAUCCAAAACAUUUCAACUUACGCAAGAUCUUUGAUACCAAUUAUUGAUGAAAUUGAUGCAGUUAACUUUAAUUCUGUCACAGGACUCUUUUCAUGGCUUAUUGCUGUUAUUAUUUAUCUUUGUUUGAUGACAGUUGGUGUUUAUUAUUUCGAGAAAAAUGUUUGUGAUGCUUUUAAUUCGUAUUUCCAUUUCCCAAUUGGAUUUAUUGAUGAUUUGAACAAGAAAAUUGAUAAUGAUGUUAACAACAGUCUAUCUGAUAAUAUAUUGGAGUUAACAAUAACUAAUGACAGUCAUUUGAUAUUUAAUUUAUCAAGUAAUUGCGAGAAGAUGUUGGGAGUUUCUCCAAUAGAAAUCAUCGGUCAAAAAUACGAAGAAAUGUUCCCUAUGAAUGCCAAAAAUCAAAGAACAUUUUGGGCGAAAAAGAACAAAAAGUUUAUCGAAAAACAAGUCUCUUUUAAGAAGAUUACGAGAGUUAUAUUAUAUGAUAAAUACGAUGACAAGAAUGAUAUUGUUAAUUUGCUUUCACAGCACAUUCCUCAUGAGAUUGCGAAGAUUUACUGCGAAGAAGGUAAUAUUUCGUGUUGUGAAUCACAAGGGUAUUUCAUGGUUUGCAAGUACAACAACACAGAAUACAACAGCAGUAUUGAACAAGUGUUCAAGAGCAUCCACAACAUCAUGCAGUGCUAUUCCACCGUUCAUUUGAUUGGCAUUGAAGGAUCAAUUCUUCGAUUUGUUUUCCGUGGCUCGGAUCGAAGUGUUCCUCUGUUUUUCAUUCGAGAUUUGCUUAACAUUUCAGUUUGCAACCAUCAUCUUGACAAUUUUGUUGUUUUUUGUGGCAGUAUUUCUAGUGAAAUUGUUAUCCGUGAUGAAGAACCAUAUGUAUUUAGUUUUGUUUCAUCUCAAUCAAAAUCAGAAUCUGCAUCAUUUUAUGUUUGCAAUCGAAGUAUUUUGUUUGUUGAUGACUGUUUGCAUCUUUGUGAAGAAUUUUCAGGCGAAAUCAUUGAAGGAAAUCAUUCAUUACGCGGUUUCCAAAUCAAAUUCGAAGAUCUUGAAAAUGUUGUUUGUAAUAUAUAUUAA